AUGGCCGCGAAGUCUGAUGGAGCGGCGGCCGCGGCCAGCCCGGCGCCGGAGGGGGCGGCUGGGGGAGCCCGGGGCAGCGCGGGCGCGCGCGGGGAGGCGGCGGCCGCCGGGGGCCCCGAGGUUGCCGGGCCGGGGGGCUCGGGGCCGCGCUACGGGCUGCGGGACUGCUGCUGGGUGCUGUGCGCGCUGCUCGUGUUCUUCUCCGACGGCGCCACGGACCUGUGGCUGGCGGCCUCCUACUACCUGCAGGGUCAGCGGACCUACUUCGGCCUCACGUUGCUGUUUGUACUCCUGCCCUCGCUUGUGGUGCAGCUGCUCAGCUUCCGCUGGUUCGUCUACGACUACACGGAGCCCGCGGGGACCCUGGGACCCGCCGUCAGCACCAAGGACAGCGGCGCCGGCGGGCUCUCCGUCAGCACUAAGGACAGCGCCACCGCCUUCCUGGCCAAAGAAGGCGGCUCCGAGCUGGGACCCCGGCCCGCGCCCUCCUGGGCCAGCGCCCACCGCCGCCGCUGCUGUCGCCUCUGCGUCUGGCUGCUGCAGACCCUCGUCCACCUCCUGCAGCUCGGCCAGGUCUGGAGGUACCUGCGCACCAUGUACCUGGGGCUGCAGAGCCGCUGGCGCGGGGAGCGGCUGCGGCGCCACUUCUACUGGCGGAUGCUGUUCGAGAGCGCGGACGUGAGCAUGCUGCGCCUGCUGGAGACCUUCCUGCGCAGCGCGCCGCAGCUUGUGCUGCAGCUCAGCCUCCUGGUGCACCGCGGCGGCCGCCCGGACCUGCUGCCCGCCCUCUCCACCUCUGCCUCACUCGUCUCCCUGGCCUGGACUCUGGCCUCCUACCAGAAGGUGCUGCGGGACUCACGAGAUGACAAGCGGCCACUGUCCUACAAAGGCGCCGUGGCCCAGGUGCUCUGGCACCUGUUCACCAUCGCAGCCCGCAGCCUGGCCUUUGCGCUCUUUGCCAGCGUCUACAAGCUCUACUUCGGCAUCUUCAUCGUGGCCCACUGGUGCAUCAUGACCUUCUGGGUCAUCCAAGGCGAGACGGACUUCUGCAUGUCCAAGUGGGAAGAGAUCAUCUACAACAUGGUAGUGGGCAUCAUCUACAUCUUCUGCUGGUUCAACGUCAAGGAGGGCCGCAGCCGCCGCCGCAUGACCCUCUACUACUGCAUCGUCCUGUUGGAGAACGCAGCACUCACUGGCUUCUGGUACUCGAGCCGCAACUUCUCCACUGACUUCCACUCGCUCAUCCUGGUCUGCGUGGUGGCCUCCAGCUUUGCGCUGGGCAUAUUCUUCAUGUGUGUCUACUACUGCCUCCUGCACCCCAAUGGGCCCAUGCUGGGUCCCCAGGCGCCUGGCUGCAUCUGCCCGGAGGCCCCAGAGCCCUGUGGCCCACCAGCCGAUGCCGUCACAAGUCCCCCGAGGUCCCUGCCGAGGACUACAGGCCCUGAGCGAGAUGGGGUCUCGGUGGGGGGUGAGCGGGCAGGGACCCCCACACCACCUGUCUUCCAGGUGCGGCCUGGCUUGCCUCCCACACCAGUGGCCCGCACCUUGCGGACAGAGGGGCCUGUCAUUCGGAUUGACCUGCCUCGUAAGAAGUACCCCGCGUGGGAUGCUCAUUUUAUUGACCGCCGGCUCCGGAAGACCAUUCUGGCGCUGGAGUACUCCUCACCCGUCACGCCCCGGUUGCAGUACCGGAGCGUGGGGACCGCCCAGGAGCUGCUGGAGUAUGAGACCACAGUGUAG